AUGUAUGAACUUGUAUUACACAAUGACAACUUCAAAAUUGCUUCUAGAAAGGCAUUUUGCUCUCUUAAGCUGAAUUCAGUUUAUCUUGGUUUGGUUAAAGAGCUACGUAUUAUGUCACCAGAGUUAGCUAAAACUAAAAUUCCAUCGAAUGAUUUGAAUAAUCACAGUGUUCUUCCUCCUAACCCUGAUUUUAACGGCAGUGGUGACUUUCAUCGUAAUGCUAUUGCUGAUGAAUAUUGUGUCAAGUCAUCUACACCUGCGUCUUUAUCAUCAUUUCAUCGAUCGCCUUCCCUAUCACCUACGCCUUCCUCGCAUUCAGCAUCUCCAGCCUUAGAAACAUCUGUACAUACUGCCCCUAGUAGAAAAUCAUCUUCUGGUCAAAUUGUCCGCAGUGGUGAUUUAAGAGAACAACAACAAGAAGAAGAGAAUUUACAACAACAGGCAACAGGCACUUCAAAAUCCUUACAGUCAAAACAUCGCCACAGCCUAAAUUAUAAUCAUCAAAGUCAACUUCAUUCUAAUGAUGUUUCGAAAACUGCAAAAAAGAACUCUUAUACCUCAUCCAUGGCAAAUAAUGAAAAUUAUCGAUCUUCUCCAGACUUGUCAAAUGAUAGAUUUCAUAAACCGGUGUUCUAUGGGUCGACAGGAACAAAUAUUCCAUGUUUUGCAUCAACUGGCCAAGAAUUGCUUGAAAAUAGAAUGGUUGGAAUAAUUGAUUACGCGGCGGCUGCUUCAGUAUCCAACCUGCUUAGUGAAUGGCCAGAUGCUCGAUUAGUCACUCUCUACCGUAGUGGUCGUAAAAGAGUUUCUUCUAUCCAUAGAGAUAAAGUCGACCCAAAUGAUACAUUUCGACGUGGUUUUUCAUCUGGUGGUGUUGGUGUUGGAAGUCUUGGCUUGAAUAUUGUUGGCGGUGAUGGUUCUGAAGCAACUUUCAUUUCUCAUAUACAACCUGAUAAGCCUGCUGGUCAAUCGAAAAGGAUAUUUGUUGGGGAUCGAUUGUUAACUGUAAAUGGCGUCGACGUGACUAGAUUUGGACAUGAGAAAGCGGCUGCAGCUCUACGUGAUGCUCGUGAUCGUGUUGAUCUUCUUUUGGCUUACCGACCUGAAGAAUAUGCUGAAUUUGAGAAACAUUUCUGUCGUCAACUCAAAGCAGUUGGUCAUAAAUUAUCCUAUAAAUGUUUGCAUUCCCUAAGAGCUGAAAAUAGUAAUAAUAAUGAUGAUGAUAAUGAUGGUAUCGAGAAAGAUGGUGGUGUCAGGGCUGAUGAAUCCCCUAGGAAAUCCAACGAUGCAGGUAAAGAUAAAGCAAAACGAAAAACCACUGAUGAACCAAGCGAUAAAACAAAACAAGGUCAGCAACAGCAGCAACAACAACAAAAACGUCAAGUGAAAAAGAAAUCGAAAGCCUCCAAAAAACAAUUAGGAGAAGAAGAAGCGGUGACUAAAGGUCAAACAGAUGAUAUGAUCACCUAUCCAAAUGUAUUAUUGUUACGAUGUCAAGUUGACUAUGAUCCUGCUAAAGAGAAUCAUCAUCAAACUAUACCGAAAAAAGUAUUCAGUCUCAGGUCGGGGGAUUUAGUCUAUGUUAUAAAUACGGUGGACUCUGAAUGGUGGCAGGCGCAAAAAUUUGAUCCAGCGACGAAUGAACCAGUUGGUCCAAUCGGUUUAAUUCCUAGUCGUUUACGAUUGGAACGUAAAGAGCGUACACGGACGCUUCAUGUGAAUUUUAUGGCUAGAAAUAGUCGAUCCGUGGACUCACCAUCUGUUAAAUCGAAUGAUGCUUAUGAAAGGCGAAAAGUAAAAUCAAUAAAACCGUCAACAUCCAGUUAUUCAUUGGUAGAAGGUGUUAGUCAUCUGAAGAAUGCUAAAAUCUUCAAAGAAAGAACAGAAGAUCGUGAUGCUUCUCAUAGUUCAAAGGGUAAAAAGAAAAUAUAUUUUAUUGCCUGUAGAGAAUAUUUUUAUUCAACACAAGUGCUACUGUGA